AUGAUACCAUGGCAACUAAGUCGUCAUUUAAAAGCUAAUCCGAGACGAAGGGGCCGCCCAUGCACAUUCGCUAAUCAUAGCGCGAAGUACCUGCUCCUUGACAUAAAAUUCGCUCAAAAUGCUCGUUUCUUUGAUGGAUAUACAACAGAAAUUUUGAAACUUCUCGAAUUUGCGCCUUCUAUACGCAAAGAAGGAAGACUUGCCAUCCAACAAUUGAAGCUUGAUUACUCUCCUGUCAUGUGUGUCCAUACUCGCAGAGAAGACUUCGUAACGUUAAAUGUUUCGACAGACCCCUCCAUAGUGAUUCGAAUAACGCGGCACUUGGCCAAGGCAACGGGUUUCAAUCAUUUCUUCGUUUUCGGCGACGAUAGAGUUUUUAUGCAGAUGAUUGCCAAUAAUCUCGAAUUAGAUGAAAACGGGAAUAGACACUUUAAAAUCGUGGAAGCUCGUUAUCUGAGUGACACUCAGCACUGCUGCAAGACUAUGGUGUUUCCAAAUUUUGUUUUGUUUCUUGACUUCUCACUUAGUUGCAAGUUUACGUGCUGCUCAUUUGUCCUUGCCACAGGAUCAUCUAUAAGCUUUAUCUUCUUCAUCGUAGAGGAAGGAAAAUAA